AUGGUAUAUAGUGAAGAAUUAGGAUAUGAUCCCGAAGAAUGGGAAGAAUGUGAUGAAUCUAAUAGUAAUUAUAUAUUUGCUCCGUUUACAAGAAUAUUACUAGCCACUAUUGCCAUUGCUUUUGUUGGAUUUUUUUUUUGGAUUCUUGAUGCAAGAAAAGAAUGGAAUAAAUUAGAAAAAAGUGAAAAAGAUAAUGUAGAAAGUAGUGAUAAAUCAAAGAAUGCUAUAGAUAAGCAUUUAAAUAAAAAUGAAGAUUUAUUACUUUUAAAUGGCAAUAAAAAUAUUGUUAUAUUAGAUAACAAGAGACUUUCAGAUCACUAUACAACUGAAACAAUACUUCAUACAGUCAAUUCAGCAAAUCACCGUUCGAACGAUAUUGUUAAUAGAGAAGAUGAGCAGAAAAUUAGUUCAGAUUAUGUAAUGGAACAAUUAAAACGAAAUACAGAAUCUAACAAAUCAAAUAAUGUUGAUAAUAAUACAACAAAUUUACAGUUAUCACAAAAAGCCAAUUCACAGGAGCAACAAAAUAACAUCAACUUUUCAAAUAUUAAUUAUCCUGAAAAUGAUGUUUCAAAUGAUGCUAGUAUGUCAUUAGAAAGAACAUAUAAAGAACUUGCUGAUAAAAUAUAUCAUAAUUUUUCAAAACAACUUCAAACUGAUAUUGGUACAAUUCCUGCUUUAAAUGAUUUUUCUAAUUAUAAAGAUUUGGCAAAUUCAUUAACAGAACUUUAUGAUAAAGAUAUUAAACAAGCUAUGGAAGAUGUAAUUAACCAAGGUGGCACUGACCGUGAUGCUCAAAAUUUAAAACAUAAAUUACAAAAACAUAUAAAAGAUGCUGUUUAUCAUCAACAUAAUUCAAUCGACAAAUGUAAUACUUUAUCAAAUAAUAUAAUUAACAAUGGAGAAAAUGAUAAACAAAUUUGUGAAAAUGAGGAUAAAAAAUCGUCUGAUAGUGAUAAUGAUUUUGUUAAAAUUGAUCCAUCUGAAGAUGAGUUUAAAAAAGAAUUUAGUGAUAUUAGUUAUGAAAAAAUCGAUCAUUCGUACGACUAUAAUAAUGAAAGACACAGUGCACCUAUAUGUGAUGAAGAUUACCCAUCUAUUGAAUUGAAACCUGAACUUGAAACUAUAAGUGAAAGAGCUGUUGAGGAAAUAAAUAUUUUACUUCAAGAAUAUUAUGAAAAUCCAACUACAGCUAAUAAAACAUGCGAAAAUAUUCCAUUAUCAAAUAAUAACGAUGUAUCAGAAAUUAAUGAAGCAUUGAAAGAAGUUAUAAAACCUGAGUCACCUAUAUUUUUAUAUGAAAAACCAAAAGAUAUUGCCCCAAAAGUACCGCAGCAUAGACAAAUUGUUGUUGAUGAAAGUAAUCAUGGCAAACAUUAUAAUAUUGGCAUAAUACAACCUCAACAAAUUUCUGAUACCUCUAAUCAACAAUCUAAUCUUUAUGAAGAUAAUAAUAUGUACCCUAAACAAGAAACCGUUUAUUUAAAUCAAAAGAUAUUUGAAGAUAUUGAGAGUAAAAAUAUAAAUCAACUUAAAGAUAUUAAUGAUUUUGUUGAAUAUCCAGAAAUUAGUAACAUUAAUAAUGAUAACAAAACAAAAAUAUAUAAAAAAACUGAUAGCAUUGAAAUUAUAUCUUCACAUAAAGAAGAUAUCAAUAAUAAAAUACCUAAAACUAAUAAAGAUGAGAAUAUUUUAUUAAAAAAUUAUGCACAACCAACAAGAAGUAAUAAUCAAAUAGAUAAUUCUUAUAAAGAUGAACCAUUAGAAUGUAUAAAUGAUGCUGUUCUUAUCAUUGAAAAUUUCUUAACAGAAGCAACAAAAGGAUCAACAUCAAAAGAGGUUAAAGAUAUAGAUGAAAUUCAAUGUCUUCCUCAACAUUUAACAUCUAAUAUUCAUUCAACGGUUCCAAUAAUUAAUGAUAAUAAUAAAUUAAUCGAAGACCAACAAAAUUUGUCCCAAUAUGAUGAAUUAAUUAAUAAAGCUACUGCUGAUAUAUAUCUUCAAGAUGCUAUUGAUUAUGUCGAAACACAACAACAACAACCAAUUAAUAGUAAUUUUGUUCUUGAAGAAGAUAUGUUAGAAAAAAAUUCUAAUGAAUUAAAUAAUAAAUUAGAAAAUACUGAUAAUGUUGUAAAUGGUGGUAUAUCAGAGGAUGUUUUUGAAAAAAUUGAAAUUUGUAUUGAUGAAGUUGAUGAUACUAUAACAUAUGCUCCUGAAAUUCAAUCUGUUGAAAUUCCUCCAGAUCAACUUAGUCAAGCUUCUGAACAUGUAACAGAUAAUAUUAAUGAACCACUUCCAGAAGAUAAGAAAGAAAAAGUAAAUGUUGAUGUCAAAAUUCAAGAAAAUAAAGAAAUUUUAGAAGAAACAACUCCACUUGAUGGAACAUUAACUAGAGGAAACUAUUCAAAAUCACCCAUUCAAUUUGGUUUUGGUGAAGCACCAAAGAUUAGAAGUUCACGUAAUGUUAGAAAUGAUGAUCUUUCAUCAAUAACUUCAAAAUCUGAAGCUAAAAGAAGAAAAAGUCAAAGUAGUUUACUUAGUGCACUUGGUGUUACUAGUACACAAGAAAUGCUUUUAAGAUUAACUUCUUUAGAUCAAUUAUCUGACGCUAUGAAAAAAGCUGGUCUUGAAUCAACAAAUCUUAUCUUUGGUAUUGAUUAUACUGCAUCAAAUAAAUAUCAAGGUGAAAAUAGUUUUGAUGGAAAAAAUCUUCAUUCAAUUGAAUAUGGAAUUGAAAAUCCUUAUCAAAAAGUUAUAAAGAUUAUGGGAAAAACAUUAGCUCCAUUUGCAACACGAAAAGGUAUUCCUGUUUAUGGUUUUGGUGAUGCUACAACAGGUGAUUGGAGUGUCUUUAAAAUUAAAAAUGAAGGAGAGUGUAAAGAUCUUGAUGAGGUGUUAGAUGCAUAUAAUCGUAUAACACCUAACGUUAAUUUGAGUGGACCAACAAAUUUUGCACCUCUCAUUCAUCAGGCAAUAGAAAUUUGUUCAUAUUAUAAAGAGUAUUUUAUAUUGGUUAUUAUUGCUGAUGGCCAAGUUACAAAUGAAAAAGCAACUAGAAGAGCUAUUGUUCAAGCUUGUAAUUUUCCACUAUCCAUUAUUGUUGUUGGUGUAGGUGAUGGACCAUGGGAAAUGAUGAAAGUAUUUGAUGAAUCCUUACCAAAACGACCAUGGGAUAACUUUCAUUUUGUGGAAUUUCAUGAUAUAAUUAGGAGAAAAGCAAAUACUAAUGAAGGGGAGUUAUCAUUCGCAAUUCAUUCUCUUCUUGAAAUUCCUGAUCAAUACAAUUAUAUUAGGCGUGCUGGUUUAAUGCGCAGAAAUAACAAAAUGAAAUAA